GCGUUGGAAAAUGAAACCAAAGCUUGUUUUGUAGGAUUCUUUCCAGUCCUUAGGCGAGAAUGCCACGUCUCGGGUCCUCGGACUCGAGCUCUGGGACUCACAGUGCCCCCGGGGGGAGAAAGGGGGGGACCACGAGCCUCUUUAAAAAUAAUAAACCCGCUUUGGACCCUCCCUCCUCCCACCCCCAGAAAAACACCAUUCUGUCGGCGGUUCAAGGCGAGCUCAGGAAAAACCAAACUCGGAAAAGGGAGGCGAGGUCUCCAAAAGGUUAAAUAUUAAACUUUGCGGAUCAGAUAGUGCCAGAGUGUUUUGGGAGACACUUCGGACCGCUUGUGGCAAGGCUUCACGGUUUUAAACCCCGGAGCAUUUGACGCCUAGGAAUAAAAUACACUUAGGAGACGCCGUGUGCGCCGCCUCGCGCAGCUCCGCCUGGCCGCCCGGAGGGGCCCCACCGCCGGCCGCCUGUGCGCCCCGGGCCGCGGGCCCGCCGCCGAGCGCAAGCCCCGCUGGCCGCCGCCAUGCACGCCGCGGAGCCCCCGCCGCCCGAGGACUCUGGGACUACGCCGAGGCCGAACUUUUAGGUCCCACUGAGCUAGGCCUGCGGGCCGGGUGGGGGGCUGACCGCGGCACUCCCGCGGAGGAUGGAUGGCCGAGACUUCGGGCCCCAGCGGUCCGUGCACGGUCCCCCGCCGCCGCUGCUGUCCGGCUUGGCCAUGGACAGCCACCGCGUGGGCGCGGCCACUGCCGGACGCUUGCCCGCCUCGGGCUUGCCCGGCCCGCUGCCGCCCGGGAAGUACAUGGCCGGCCUGAAUCUCCAUCCGCACCCGGGCGAGGCCUUCUUGGGCAGCUUUGUGGCCAGCGGGAUGGGGCCCUCGGCCUCGUCCCAUGGGAGCCCGGUGCCACUGCCCUCUGACCUCUCCUUCCGCUCCCCAACCCCUAGCAACCUGCCCAUGGUGCAGCUGUGGGCCGCCCACGCCCAUGAAGGCUUCUCCCACCUGCCCAGCGGGCUGUACCCAUCCUACCUCCACCUGAACCACCUGGAGCCCCCCAGCAGUGGGAGCCCCCUCCUCAGCCAGCUGGGUCAGCCCAGCAUUUUCGAUACCCAGAAAGGUCAGGGGCCAGGAGGAGACGGUUUCUACCUACCUACCGCGGGGGCUCCGGGCUCCCUGCACUCUCACGCGCCCUCGGCCCGGACCCCUGGCGGCGGCCACUCCUCGGGCGCCCCGGCCAAAGGCUCGUCGUCGCGGGACGGUCCAGCCAAGGAGCGGGCGGGCCGCGGCGGGGAGCCGCCUCCGCUGUUCGGCAAGAAGGACCCGCGCGCCCGGGGCGAGGAGGCCUCGGGGCCACGGGGAGUGGUGGACCUGACCCAGGAGGCGCGCGCCGAGGGCCGCCAGGACCGGGGGCCCCCGCGCCUGGCUGAGCGCCUGUCGCCCUUCCUGGCUGAGUCCAAGACCAAGAACGCGGCGCUGCAGCCAUCGGUACUGACCAUGUGUAACGGCGGCGCCGGGGACGUGGGGCUGCCCGCGCUGGUGGCCGAAGCGGGGCGCGGGGGCGCCAAGGAGGCUGCCCGACAGGACGAGGGUGCGCGGCUGCUGCGGCGCACGGAGACCCUGCUGCCUGGGCCGCGCCCCUGCCCCUCACCGCUGCCCCCGCCGCCUGCGCCCCCCAAGGGGCCUCCUGCACCCCCUGCGGCCACCCCCGCUGGCGUCUACACCGUCUUCCGCGAGCAGGGCCGCGAGCAUCGCGUAGUGGCGCCCACCUUCGUGCCUUCCGUGGAGGCCUUUGACGAGCGCCCGGGGCCCAUCCAGAUCGCGUCCCAGGCACGCGAUGCCCGGGCCCGCGAGCGCGAGGCUGGCAGGCCAGGGGUCCUGCAGGCUCCCCCCGGCUCCCCGCGGCCUCUGGACCGGCCCGAGGGCCUGCGCGAGAAGAACUCGGUCAUCCGCUCGCUCAAGCGGCCGCCCCCCGCGGAUGCCCCCACGGUGCGGGCCGCACGCGCCUCCCCGGACCCCCGCGCAUACCUGCCUGCCAAGGAGCUGCUCAAGCCCGAGGCGGACCCGAGGCCCUGCGAGCGUGCGCCCCGCGGCCCAGCCGGUCCUGCAGCCCAACAGGCCGCCAAGCUCUUCGGCCUGGAGCCCGGGCGCCCCCCGCCCACCGGCCCUGAGCAUAAAUGGAAACCCUUCGAGCUGGGCAACUUCGCCACCACGCAGAUGGCCGUGCUGGCCGCGCAGCACCACCACAGCCGCGCCGAAGAGGAGGCCGCCGUGGUCGCUGCCUCCUCCUCCAAGAAGGCCUACCUGGACCCUGGGGCUGUGCUGCCCCGCUCAGCGGCCACCUGCGGCCGGCCCGUCGCUGACAUGCACUCUGCGGCCCACGGGCCUGGAGAGGCCUCGGCUAUGCAGAGCCUUAUAAAGUACAGUGGCAGCUUCGCCCGGGAGGCCGUGGCCGUGCGCCCUGGUGGCUGUGGCAAGAAGAGCCCCUUUGGAGGUUUGGGCACCAUGAAACCCGAGCCUGCGCCCACCUCUGCGGGUGCCUCCCGAGCCCAGGCCCGUCUCCCACACUCCGGAGGCCCUGCAGCGGGCGGUGGCCGGCAGCUGAAGCGGGACCCCGAGAGGCCCGAGAGCGCCAAGGCUUUUGGGCGCGAGGGCUCUGGUGCCCAGGGUGAGGCAGAAGUUCGACACCCGCCUGUGGGCAUUGCAGUGGCUGUGGCCCGGCAGAAGGACAGUGGCGGCAGUGGCCGGCUGGGGCCUGGGCUCGCCGACCAGGAGCGCUCUCUGUCGCUGAGUAACGUCAAAGGGCACGGCCGAGCAGAUGAGGACUGUGUGGACGACCGGGCCAGACACCGGGAGGAACGGCUACUCGGGGCGCGGCUGGACCGGGAUCAGGAGAAGCUGCUCAGAGAGAGUAAGGAGCUGGCUGACCUGGCCCGCCUGCACCCUACCAGCUGUGCUCCUAACGGCCUGAACCCCAACCUCAUGGUGACGGGGGGCCCGGCGCUGGCGGGCUCAGGUCGCUGGUCUGCCGACCCCGCAGCCCAUCUGGCCACGCACCCCUGGUUGCCCCGCUCGGGCAGCACAUCCAUGUGGCUCGCCGGACACCCCUACGGCUUGGGUCCCCCAUCUCUGCACCAGGGCAUGGCCCCUGCGUUCCCACCCGGCCUGGGGGGCUCCCUGCCGUCAGCCUACCAGUUUGUCAGGGACCCCCAAUCAGGCCAGCUGGUGGUCAUUCCCAGUGAUCACCUGCCUCACUUUGCGGAGCUGAUGGAGCGGGCCACUGUACCGCCCCUCUGGCCUGCCCUGUACCCGCCGGGCCGCAGCCCCCUGCACCACGCCCAGCAGCUGCAGCUCUUCUCGCAGCAGCACUUCCUGCGGCAGCAGGAGUUCCUGUACCUGCAGCAGCAGGCGGCCCAGGCCUUGGAACUGCAGAGGAGCGCCCAGCUCGUGCAGGAGCGGUUGAAGGCGCAGGAGCACCGGGCGGAGAUGGAAGAGAAGGGGAGCAAGCGGGGCCUGGAGGCUGCGGGCAAAGCUGGCCUGGCCACCGCCGGCCCCGGGCUGCUGCCGCGGAAGCCCCCCGGCCUGGCCGCCGGCCCCGCGGGCACCUAUGGCAAGGCCGUGAGCCCGCCACCGUCACCCCGCGCAUCCCCUGUGGCUGCCCUGAAGGCCAAGGUCAUCCAGAAGCUGGAGGACGUGUCCAAGCCACCUGCCUAUGCCUACCCCGCCACCCCCAGCUCCCACCCCACCAGCCCGCCGCCCGCCUCCCCGCCACCCACCCCAGGUAUCACCCGCAAGGAGGAGGCUCCUGAGAAUGUGGUCGAGAAGAAAGACUUGGAGUUGGAGAAGGAAGCCCGCAGCCCCUUCCAGGCCCUGUUCUCAGAUAUCCCACCCAGGUACCCGUUCCAAGCCCUGCCACCGCACUACGGGCGGCCCUACCGUUUCCUGCUGCAGCCCACAGCGGCUGCCGACGCUGACGGCCUGGCCCCCGAUGUGCCACUCCCGGCUGAUGGGCCCGAGCGCCUGGCACUCUCACCCGAAGACAAGCCCAUCCGCUUGUCCCCCUCCAAGAUCACAGAGCCGCUGCGGGAGGGCCCGGAGGAAGAACCGCUGGCUGAGCGGGAGGUGAAGGCGGAGGUGGAGGACAUGGACGAGGGCCCCACAGAGCUGCCGCCUCUGGAGUCGCCGCUGCCACUGCCUGCUGCGGAAGCCAUGGCUACCCCCAGCCCUGCAGGGGGUUGUGGAGGUGGCCUGUUGGAGGCACAGGCGCUGAGUGCCACCGGACAGAGCUGCGCGGAGCCCUCCGAGUGUCCAGACUUUGUGGAGGGGCCGGAACCACAGGUGGAUUCCCCAGGCCGGACAGAACCCUGCACCACCGCCCUGGACCUGGGGGUGCAGCUGACACCCGAGACGCUGGUGGAGGCCAAGGAGGAGCCGGUGGAGGUGCCUGUGGCGGUGCCCAUGGUGGAGGCAGUGCCCGAGGAAGGCCUGGCGCAGGUGGCAGCGAGCGAGUCCCAGCCCACCCUAGAAAUGUCAGACUGUGAUGUGCCCGCCGGGGAGGGACAGUGCCCGAGCCUGGAGCCCCAAGAGGCCGUGCCUGUACCCGGCAGCACCUGCUUCCUGGAAGAGGCAAGCUCUGACCAGUUCCUGCCCAGUCUGGAGGACCCACUGGCUGGCAUGAACGCCCUGGCGGCGGCUGCAGAGCUGCCCCAGGCCAGGCCUCUGCCCUCCCCGGGUGCUACUGGAGCCCAGGCCUUGGAGAAGCUGGAAGCAGCCGAGAGCCUUGUCUUGGAGCAGAGCUUCCUGCAUGGCAUCACCCUGCUAAGUGAGAUCGCAGAGCUGGAGCUGGAGAGGAGGAGCCAAGAGACGGGAGGUGCGGAGCGGGCCCUUGUGGCGCGGCCCUCCCUGGAGAGUCUGCUGGCAGCUGGCAGCCACAUGCUGAGGGAGGUGCUGGAUGGGCCAGUGGUGGACCCGCUCAAGAACCUGCGGCUCCCGCGGGAGCUGAAGCCCAACAAGAAGUACAGCUGGAUGCGCAAGAAGGAGGAGCGGAUGUACGCCAUGAAGUCCUCCCUGGAGGACAUGGACGCCCUGGAGCUGGACUUCCGGAUGCGGCUGGCCGAGGUCCAGCGCCAGUACAAGGAGAAGCAGCGUGAGCUGGUGAAGCUGCAGCGCCGCCGGGACUCCGAGGACAGGCGCGAGGAACCCCAUAGAAGCUUGGCACGCAGAGGCCCUGGCAGGCCGCGGAAACGGACCCACGCCCCGAGCGCCCUGUCGCCCCCCCGCAAGAGAGGGAAGAGCGGCCACAGUAGCGGAAAGCUGAGCAGCAAGUCUCUGCUGACAUCAGAUGAUUAUGAGCUGGGAGCAGGGAUAAGAAAGAGACACAAGGGGUCUGAGGAGGAACACGAUGCCCUCAUUGGAAUGGGGAAAGCCAGGGGGAGGAACCAGACUUGGGAUGAACAUGAAGCCUCGUCCGACUUCAUCAGUCAGCUAAAGAUUAAGAAGAAGAAGAUGGCCAGUGACCAGGAGCAGUUGGCAAGCAAGCUCGACAAGGCCCUCUCCCUCACCAAGCAGGACAAGUUGAAGUCGCCCUUCAAGUUUUCGGACAGUGCUGGGGGGAAAUCGAAAACUAGCGGGGGCUGCGGCAGGUACUUGACGCCUUACGACAGCCUGCUGGGGAAGGACAGGAAGGCGCUGGCCAAGGGCCUCGGCCUGUCUCUGAAAUCCUCCAGAGAAGGUAAACACAAAAGGGCCGCCACAGCCAGGAAGAUGGAGGUGGGGUUCAAGGCCAGAGGCCAGCCCAAGUCGGCCCAUUCCCCGUUUGCCUCGGAAGUGAGCAGCUACUCUUACAAUACGGACUCAGAGGAAGACGAAGAAUUCCUGAAGGACGAGUGGCCCGCCCAAGGCCCCUCCAGCUCCAAACUGACGCCUUCCCUCCUGUGUAGCAUGGUGGCAAAGAACAGCAAGGCAGCUGGCGGCCCCAAGCUGACCAAGAGGGGCCUGGCGGCCCCCCGGACUCUGAAACCCAAGCCGGCCACCAGCAGGAAGCAGCCGUUUUGUUUGCUGCUUCGAGAGGCCGAGGCACGUUCCUCCUUCAGCGACUCUUCGGAGGAAUCGUUUGACCAAGAUGAGAGCUCGGAGGAGGAGGACGAGGAGGAGGAGCUCGAGGAGGAGGACGAGGCCAGCAGUGGCGGCUAUAGGCUGGGUGCCCGGGAGCGGGCCCUGUCGCCGGGCCUGGAGGAGAGUGGGCUGGGCCUGCUGGCACGCUUCGCUGCCAGCGCCCUCCCCAGCCCCACGGUGGGUCCAUCCCUGUCUGUGGUACAGCUGGAGGCCAAGCAGAAGGCCCGGAAGAAAGAGGAGCGGCAGAGCCUGCUGGAGACAGAGUCUUGCUAUGUUGCCCAGGCUGGUCUUGAACUCCUGACCUCAAGAGAUCCUCCUGCCUCAGCCUCCCAAAGUUCCGGGAUUACAGGCACAGAGUUCGAGUACACCGACUCGGAGAGCGAGGUCAAGGUGCGCAAGCGGUCGCCUGCGGGGCUGCUGCGGCCCAAGAAGGGGCUGGGGGAGCCGGGACCCUCCCUGGCCGCACCCACGCCUGGCGCCCGCGGUCCCGGCCCCAGCAGCCCGGACAAGGCCAAGCUGGCGGUGGAGAAGGGGCGCAAGGCCCGGAAGCUGCGGGGCCCCAAGGAGGCUGGCUUCGAGGCGGGGCCCGAGGCCAGCGACGACGACCUGUGGACACGGCGCCGCAGCGAGCGCAUCUUCCUGCACGACGCCUCGGCUGCUGCACCUGCGCCCGCCAGCACCGCGCCCGCCACCAAGGCCAGCCGCUGCGCCAAAGGUGGCCCCCUGAGCCCGCGCAAGGACGCCGGGCGUGCAAAGGACAGGAAGGAUCCCAGGAAGAAGAAGAAAGGGAAAGAGGCUGGGCCAGGAGCUGGGCUGCCACCGCCCCGAGCUCCCACCUUGCCCUCUGAGGCCAGGGCUCCUCACGCCAGCUCCCUGACCGCCGCCAAGAGGGGCAAGGCCAAGGCCAAAGGGAAGGAAGUGAAGAAGGAGAACCGUGGCAAGGGGGGCGCCGUGAGCAAGCUGAUGGAGAGCAUGGCAGCCGAGGAGGACUUUGAACCCAACCAGGACUCGAGCUUCUCUGAGGACGAGCACCUGCCGCGUGGCGGGGCUGUGGAGCGGCCGCUGACCCCGGCCCCUCGCUCCUGCAUCAUCGACAAGGACGAGCUGAAGGACGGCCUGCGUGUGCUCAUCCCCAUGGAUGACAAGCUGCUGUACGCCGGGCACGUGCAGACCGUGCACUCGCCAGACAUAUACCGCGUGGUGGUAGAGGGUGAGCGUGGGAACCGGCCCCACAUCUACUGUCUGGAGCAGUUGCUGCAAGAAGCGAUCAUCGAUGUGAGGCCAGCCUCCACUCGCUUCUUGCCACAAGGGACCAGGAUUGCAGCCUACUGGAGCCAGCAGUACCGCUGUCUGUACCCAGGCACCGUGGUCCGAGGAUUACUGGACCUGGAGGACGAUGGGGACUUGAUCACCGUGGAGUUUGACGACGGAGACACGGGCAGGAUCCCCCUCUCACACAUCCGCCUCCUGCCCCCUGACUAUAAGAUCCAGUGUGCUGAGCCGUCCCCGGCCCUCCUGGUGCCGAGUGCCAAGCGCCGCAGCCGGAAGACCAGCAAAGACACCGGGGAGGGCAAAGACGGUGGCACGGCUGGGUCGGAGGAGCCAGGAGCCAAGGCCCGUGGGCGUGGGCGGAAACCCAGUGCCAAGGCCAAGGGUGACAGAGCCGCUACCCUGGAGGAGGGGAACCCAACAGACGAGGUCCCCAGUACCCCCUUAGCCCUGGAGCCGAGCAGCACCCCAGGUUCCAAGAAGAGCCCCCCAGAGCCUGUGGACAAGCGAGCCAAGGCCCCCAAGGCGCGCCCGGCACUGCCGCAGCCCAGUCCCACACCACCCGCCUUCACCAGCUGCCCAGCACCCGAGCCAUUUGUGGAGCUGCCAGCUCCUGCCACGACCCUGGCCCCAGCACCCCUCAUCACCAUGCCUGCCACACGCCCCAAGCCCAAGAAGUCGCGGGCAGCCGAGGAGUCGGGUGCGAAGGGCCCUCGGAGGCCGGGGGAGGAGGCCGAGCUGCUUGUCAAACUGGACCACGAGGGUGUCACGUCACCCAAAAGCAAGAAGGCUAAAGAGGCCCUGCUGCUCCGGGAGGACCCGGGGGCAGGGGGCUGGCAGGAGCCCAAGAGCCUCCUGAGCCUGGGCAGCUAUCCCCCAGCGACCGGCAGCAGCGAGCCCAAGGCACCCUGGCCCAAGGCCACCGACGGGGACCUCGCCCAGGAGCCCGGGCCGGGGCUCACGUUCGAGGACUCUGGGAACCCCAAGAGCCCGGACAAGGCCCAGGCUGAGCAGGACGGGGCGGAAGAGUCCGAGAGCAGCAGCAGCAGCAGUAGCGGCAGCAGUAGCAGCAGCAGCAGCAGCGGCUCCGAGACAGAAGGGGAGGAGGAAGGCGACAAGAACGGGGACGGGGGCUGUGGCGCCGGGGGCCGUAACUGCAGCGCUGCCAGUUCCAGGGCGGCCUCACCGGCCUCCUCCUCCUCCUCAUCCUCCUCCUCUUCCUCCUCAUCCUCUUCCUCCUCCUCCUCCUCUUCCUCCUCCUCCUCCUCUUCCUCUUCGUCUUCCUCCUCUUCCUCGUCCUCAUCCUCUUCGUCGUCCUCCUCCUCCUCCUCUUCCUCUUCCUCUUCCUCCACCACAGACGAGGACUCUUCCUGCAGCUCGGACGAUGAGGCAGCCCCCGCCCCCACGGCUGGCCCUUCUGCGCAGCCAGCGCUCCCCACCAAGGCCACCAAGCAGGCCGGCAAGGCGCGGCCCUCGGCCCACUCCCCAGGCAAGAAGGCGCCUGCGCCCCAGCCCCAGGCGCCUCCUCCGCAGCCCACACAGCCUCUGCAGCCCAAAGCUCAGGCCGGGGCCAAGAGCCGACCCAAGAAGAGAGAGGGCGUCCACCUCCCCACCACCAAGGAGCUGGCCAAGCGGCAGCGCCUGCCGUCCGUGGAGAACCGGCCCAAGAUCGCCGCCUUCCUGCCAGCCCGGCAGCUCUGGAAGUGGUUCGGCAAGCCCACCCAGCGGCGUGGCAUGAAGGGCAAGGCCCGCAAGCUCUUCUACAAGGCCAUCGUGCGCGGCAAGGAGAUGAUCCGUAUUGGGGACUGUGCCGUGUUCCUCUCUGCCGGCCGCCCCAACCUGCCCUACAUCGGCCGCAUCCAGAGCAUGUGGGAGUCGUGGGGCAACAACAUGGUGGUCCGUGUCAAGUGGUUCUACCACCCUGAGGAGACCAGCCCGGGCAAGCAGUUCCACCAGGGCCAGCACUGGGACCAGAAGUCCAGCCGCAGCCUCCCGGCGGCCCUUCGGGUCUCCAGCCAGAGGAAGGACUUCAUGGAGCGCGCGCUAUACCAGUCCUCGCAUGUGGACGAAAAUGACGUGCAGACGGUGUCGCACAAGUGCCUGGUGGUGGGCCUGGAGCAGUAUGAGCAGAUGCUGAAGACCAAGAAGUACCAGGACAGCGAGGGCUUGUACUACCUUGCGGGCACCUACGAGCCCACCACGGGCAUGAUCUUCUCCACGGACGGCGUGCCCGUGCUCUGCUGAGCCCGCCGGGCCCCGCGGGCCACCGGCCACCCGUGCCCCGAGGGCCGCCAGGGACCCCUCUCCAUCACUGCCAUGGCGCGGAGACCACGUGCGUUGUGUGCAUGCGAGCGUUCCUGCAGGCGUGUGCAUGGGGCCAGGUGUGCACGUGGAUGCCCGGGUGAGCGUGUGUGUGCAUGUGUGCCUGUGUGCAUGCACGUGUGUGCACGCAUGUGCACAUGCCUCCAGCCCCACCUUCCAACCCCACCUUCCAACCCCUCAGUGCCCCCAGGACAGGGGCCCCUCUUAGCUAUCAGGGUAUGGCCCUGCCGUCCCCCUCAGGGCAGCCUCGGCUGAGACCGGCCCUUCCUGCCCAGCACGUUGCAAGCACUUGGCCAGGCCGGCCCUCCAGGCUGCUGCUGCGUGGGGGCCCGGGUGCCCGGGUGCCCCCAGGCCCAUGCAGACUGGGGAUUCGGUGGGGAGGGGCGCUUCUAAGGAACCAAACUGACGCUCACUCUGGGCUUCCCGGGUACCCUUAGCACGGAGCCCACCCCGAGGCCUCCCACCGUGCAUGGGACGGGGCGGCCCGAUGCCAGCCGGCCUACCUGACUGUGCCAGGGGCCCUGCCCCCACCCUCUCAGGAUGGUCUAGACUUGGGGAACAGAGCCGGGUGGGGUUGCAGCCCGGAGUAUCAAAGGCACCAGGUGGAGAGGGCCUGGCACAGGCCCACCCUGGUCCAAACCCUCACACUACAGAAAACCCCAAUGGUGCUGAAACCCUCGCCCGGCCACGCCCGGCCCCUCCCCACCCAGGAGGGAGGUGGCACUUCUUAACCUGUACAGUUUUAUUGUACCAAGAGACUCGCCCUGCCCCUGUAUCAUAAGCCUUUAAAUGGAGUCAACUUUUUAAUUAUAUAUAAAGAUAAAUAUAUAUAAAUAUAUAUAAAUAUAAACUUUUUAAAACUGUGAAAAAUAGCUAUGAAAUUAUAAAAAAAAAAACCACAUUCUGACGUGCAGAAUAUUAUUUUUUAUUUCCUGUUAGAUUGUAGUGUCUAGCACCGGCUUCACCGGCCUCCCGGUCCCCAGCACACCCCCCCCCCCGCCCACCCCGCCAAGUGUACUGUACUCGCCCCCCAGGAUAGAGAAGUGUUAGGGAGAGAAGAGGGAGAGGCAGGAGCCGGCCCGAGCCCAGGGUCCCUGCUUGGGCCCCAGAAAGCACUUAACCAGGCCCCAAGCCUUCCAGGGAAACCAAGGAAGGCCUCAACCAGACAAUCUUGAGGGAAGGAAAAGCCAGACUUUGGGUUUGUUUUUUGGGGGAAUUAUUGUUUUUUUUUUUUUUAAUGUUUCUUUUGGAAUUUUGUUGGCAAAUUCUGUGUGAUCUUUUUUCAUAAAAAAAAAAAAAAAAGAUUUAAUUGGAAAAAUAAAA